AUGCUUGCCCCCGGGCCAGCGGGGACUAGCAUGAUCGGUGAAAGCAAUAUAGAUGCAGCCGCUCGACGAGGACGGGAACGACAUCGCCGAGAAGCAGAAAAUAAGAGAGCCGUGAAUGACGAAAAGGGAACGUCCGGUCAAUCUGAGACAAAGAACUCUCUGGUAACUAGUGAGUAUGAUUCGCAGCGCGACAAGGACUCUGAAGAUGCGAGGUAUGCGGCGCAAGGGCCGAUUGCAGCGACAUCAGAGAGGGAAGACCCGAAGAAGGGACUGCGGCGGGCAUGGGAGAGGAUUAAGACGAAAUUUUAG